AGUGCGGCCCACCGCAUCGUGUCGCCCCGCACGCUGCUCGGCGCCGUGCAGUACGCGUCGCCGGCCUACAGCGACUGCGUGUCCCACUUCGACCUGCGGGGCGCGUCGCGGCGCGUCGCCGUGACCAUCGACGACGCGCCGUCGGACGCGGCGCUGAUGCAUCGGACGCUCGACGCGCUGCGAGACGCGGGCGUGACGGCGACGUUCUUCGUCGUCGCGAACUUCUGCCGCGACGCCGAGCGGCUCGCGACCCUGCGGCGCGCCGUCGCCGAGGGCCACGAGCUCGGCAACCACAUGUGCGACGACGCGAGCAGCCAGAGCAUGAGCGAAUCCGAAUUCCGGGGCGCGCUCGCGCUCUGCGACGAGCUCAUCGCGUCGCUCGACGCGUCCUGGCGGUCGCGGCCCUUCCGCUGGUUCCGGCCGCCCCAGGGCUACAUGGCGAGCCACAUGAAGCGCGCCCUCGCGGAGUUCGGCUACUCGUGCGCGCUCGCCGACGUAUUUCCCCUGGACACGGAGGUGCGGAGCGUGGACUGGCUCGUGGACUUCGUGGCGUCGAAGACGCAGCCGGGAUCCAUCAUCCUCCUGCAC